GUAGCUAUACUAGCAGAUGUACUUUUAAACCAGGUAUUGAUUUAAUAGUACACUGGAUAGUUGUAGCUAUACUAGCAGAUGUACUUUUAAACCAGGUAUUGAUUUAAUAGUACACUGGAUAGUUGUAGCUAUACUAGCAGAUGUACUUUUAAACCAGGUAUUGAUUUAAUAGUACACUGGAUAGUUGUAGCUAUACUAGCAGAUGUACUUUUAAACCAGGUAUUGAUUUAAUAGUACACUGGAUAGUUGUAGCUAUACUAGCAGAUGUACUUUUAAACCAGGAACUGGAAACCCAGAUAUCUGAAGAAUUCAGUCCAAAUAUAGCCAGGAUGCCUCUAAAUGCCCUGAUGAUAUGGUUCUGUAUGUUCACCAUUUUAUUGAGUUUGUGGAGAAGUGUGAAGGAGGUUCAGAGCUCUCCGUGUUUGGAUAAAAACGACAUCAAUUUUAGAUGUUCUCACAUUGGCUGCGGAUUAACCCAUCUCGGUGUUCUCGUCAGACAACUUACAAACCAGGCUAAACUAGUAAUCAUGGGUUGGUUCCUGGUUCUAGUGAGAUGGGUCACUUCUUUUUAUACAACUUCCGGCUGGGGUUCAGGGGAUAUAUUGAACUAUGUCGAGGCGGUGUAUCGAGGAGCAAGGUUGACCAGAGUUGAGACUAAUCUAAUUCUAGAGAAAAUUUUCUCCAGGAUAGAAGAAAUAUACAGCUCAAUACAAACUCUCCAACCGUCCUAAUUAUCAUUUUCUAAAAUUGAUAAAUUCUUAUUAAUCAUUGUUAUGUAAAAGCAAGAUUUUUUGAAAGAAUAAAUAUAUAUAUAUUUGGGGA